AUGGCUGCACCACCUCCUCCGCCGCCAUCAAAGACGCCAUUUUCGCUGUAUGACAACCUCCUGGAUCCCAAUGAUCCGGCUCCCCCGGCCACGAUAUCCUCCGCUCCAGUCUUAUACGGACAAGCUGAAUCAGCCGCCGAGGCCAAGAAGUCUCUGGAUCCAGCCCUGCGGUUUCAGCCCAUCCGCCGCCUUCCCGUUAAACAGGCAGCCAAGCCAAAAAGCACCGCGUUUCCAAAGUCAAUACCAGCUUCAAAGCCAGCAGACGCUGCAGAACUUAGCACAAAUGCUGGUCAAUCAGCACCUCAUGCCUUUAUAGCCUCGACGGCCUCAACUGCUGGGCAACCCGCUAAGAGUACUCUUGCUGACUGGGCCGCAACGGAGGAAGAUGAAUGGCGAUACGGCGUUGGUGAGAAGCGCCAGCGUGGUGGUCGGAAGAAGAAGAAGAAGCAGCAGCAAAUCCAAGCCGAAACAGACUGGGACGAGAUAUACGAUCCGGCUAGACCAACCAACAUUGACGAGUACUUGAAAAGUGAUGAAAAGAUAGAAGAAGUGAGAGAGUGGAAAGCACUGCUGUAUCGGCACAGGAGAAAAGCGGAUGAAAGCGAUAUAUCAGACGAUGAGGACGACGAUUCGAGACCAGUGCCAUCAAACCAAUUCGCACCUCCCCCUUCAUACUCCUUCGUACCGCCACCUCCUGAAUCACCUGCAGCAGCGCCGCCACCAGAUGAGAGCGCCGAUGAUGCCUACGCCCGCCGCAUGGCCUUGUCUUCAGAUAAUCAACCUCCACCGCCGCCUUCACCGCCCACAAAAGCGGACGUGCCUCCUCCACCUCUACCACCCACAGACUCAGCAACCAUAUCUCGCGCCCCAGUCCACUACAUUCAACCCGGAGACUCUCACGAAGAAGACUAUGCCUACUCGCCACCACCCACUCUCGGUGGCAACGAUGACGAUGAAAUCGGAGGACCAGAGGCUCAGCAGCGUUCAAACCGUCCUGGCCAGGCCGGUUUCGCCCACCGUCUCAUGUCCAAAUACGGCUGGAUGCAAGGGACCGGCCUCGGCGCCAAUGAGACUGGCAUCAUCAACCCUCUUCGGGUACAAGUCGAGAAACGCCGCAAGAAAGCUGAUGCCGACGGCGGCGGGUGGGCAGAACCCGGGGGCAAAGGCAGAAUCAUCGGCUCCAAGAGCAAAGAAUCGGCCGGCAAGUUCGGCGCCAUGAGCGACGUUGUUGUUUUGCAGAACAUGUUGGAGAACAUGCCCGAUCUGCAGGCAGAGAUUGCCGAUGGCCUGGGGCAGGAAAUUGGAGAGGAGUGCGGAGAAAAGUAUGGCCGUGUGGAACGUCUUUAUAUUGACCAGCCUACUCGUCGAGUGUUCAUAAAAUUUACAGACCAGGUCUCCGCUUUGCGAGUAUGUAUCUUGCCCAACAUUCCAAGACCUGUCACCGAGCGGGCCUGCUAA